AUUUUUGUGUACUGCUUUCAUCAUUAUUGUUGUAAAUUAUUCUAUUUCAUAUUUUUAUCCAGUGAUUUUACCGAUCUCGCCAAGAUGGUGAACAACCGCGUGCCGUCGGUGUUUUCUAAGACAUACGUGACCCCGCGUCGUCCCUUCGAGAAGGCUCGUCUCGACCAGGAGUUAAAGAUCAUCGGAGAGUACGGUCUCCGCAACAAGCGCGAGGUGUGGCGAGUCAAGUACACGCUGGCCAGGAUCCGUAAGGCCGCCCGUGAACUGCUGACCCUCGAAGAGAAAGACCCCAAGAGAUUGUUUGAAGGCAAUGCCCUUCUCCGUCGUCUGGUGAGGAUCGGAGUGCUGGACGAGAAGCAGAUGAAGCUCGAUUACGUGCUCGGUCUGAAGAUCGAGGACUUCUUGGAGCGCCGUCUGCAGACUCAGGUCUUCAAGGCUGGUCUCGCCAAGUCCAUCCAUCAUGCCCGCAUCCUUAUCAGACAGAGGCAUAUUCGCGUCCGCAAGCAAGUCGUGAACAUCCCGUCGUUCAUCGUCCGCCUGGACUCGGGCAAACACAUCGACUUCUCGCUGAAGUCUCCGUUCGGCGGCGGCCGCCCGGGCCGCGUCAAGAGGAAGAACCUGAGAAAGGGACAGGCGGGCGGCGCCGCGGCCGACGAGGAGGAGGAUUAAAUUAAUAAAACCAGUUUAUAAACUA